AACAAGGUGGUGCUUUUGGUCUCCCUCUGGAGACCCUACUGGCACUGGGUGAGUCUUGCACCCCUUUGCAACAAAGCUGGGAGCUGGCGCUAACAUCGCAGUUAAGUUUCAAGGCGCUAGAAGAGCCAACUUGCGCGCAUUGCGACAACAUUCAGCCUCGCUGGACCGCCCAAAUUCGGACUGGGCCCCUAGCGCCCGCUGCGACGUGCGACUGCGCUCAGAAGCUGAGGCAAACGAUACUGAGGCCUCCGGACGCCCCGCUGCGCGCCCAAAACACUCCUAGCAUUGCGUGAGUCCGAGCGGGACCGCCGCACGCCAAAAAUGAACUCCUUGCAACGCGAACUCCAGACGUUAACAGCACAAAUAGAAGAGCAAGAUGACCUCUUGAGACCCCUCGAGAAGGAGGUCGAGAAGGCGGAAAAAAAAGCAGCAAAGGAAUGUGAAAGGGACGACGCGACGAUGCUCGGGAAAGAGAUCUGGAAGGAGCUUGAUGGCUUGUCCGACGACCUCCAGAAGUGCCGCGCCAGCGCCACCACUGCCUUACGGGCCGCAUCACGACAAGUGUCCACGAAGCGCUUGCGAGUGCGAUUACGCCUGAGCGGUAGAAUAGUAAAAGAGCCAAAACAAAUACACGUCGUCACGUCCAAGGGGCAAAGAGCAGCGGUGGAAGCCAUCGUCCAGGCGUCGCAAGAGUUAGAUGCUUGUAGAGACGUCGGCGCCUACGCGAGACGGUCGAUGCGACGUCUUACGCAAUGCGCCAAAAAUAGAAUAAAAGUUGUGGAGUCCCAAUUACCCGGCCCUUUACCUGCCAAGCCCCAGAUCGCCGACGCGGAGGCGGCCUUCGCCUCGGCGGGCCUCAAAACGCCCGACGCCGUCGAAGAUUGUCAGUGACUCAGCGUGGUUUCCGAACGUUUCCGAACUUCAAGGUCGCGUCGAUGGCGUCGGCGCGACGCCACGCCACCGCGACGCCGUCGACGUGGCCGUCAGAGAGUCUACGCGUCUCGUGCGGGAGCCGCGGCCGUGUCGCGACGCCGUCGUUCGACACAGGUCUGGUGUGCUGGGACUUCAUGACGACCUUCCGCGACUCGCCCGUCCUGCCGGCGCGCGACGACAACUCGUUCCUCAUGCUGCCCGAGACGCGAUUGGAUGAAUUUGCCGCGGCCCUCCAGGCGCCGAACGACGACCUCAUCAGGCGGCCAGAACAACAUAAUCCGUUUCGCUACCUAGCGCACGUGCACAAGGAACUUUUGAAACUAAUCAUGACCGACGAGGAAACGGACCGGUGGUGGCCGUCUCCCAAGAAGAGUUAUGGGCCGCGCUGGUGGGCGAGACCUGAACUCCCUCAAAAACCCCAGCCGCUCCUCCAGCGCUUCGAGGCCGCGACGCCGUCCCAACCGUCGCGCAUCAUGUGCCAAAUCGGCGCGAUCCAGGCCACUUGUCAACCGGUACCGGUGCCUCUACUCGCGCUGGCGUUGCAAGAAUUACGGUAUCCGCAGCCCGUCGUCGAUGCUUGUAGUCAGGGCCAUCCGCUCGGCCAGGAGAUCCUGCUGAAGGUCGGGCGGGCGGCGCAGGACGCGCAUCGCGCUGCUCAAACAAAUGGUACUAGAACCGGCCAAGCUUCUGCUGAAGAACUGGCCGCCUUCCGGGCCUUCCAGGAUUCGAAACGAGCGCAACAAGCUGCGCAAGAUAGUCCUCCAGCGCCGGCGCCCGAUGCGCCGCCCUCGGCCGAAGAGCUCAAAUUGCGCGAAGAGCUCGAGGCGCUCAAACGAGAAAAUGCGAAGCUCAAGACGCCCGCCGGCGCCGUCGCUGGUGCUGCCGCGUGUGCCGAAGGCGCGCUAGCAGCUUGCGGAAAAGCGGCAAGGAAGGCGAAGAAAGUGGCCAGUUCCUGCAACAGUAAAGCAGCGAAGACGGCCGUCGAGCCGCAACAGCCCACUCGCGUGUCCGCUCGAGCGCGGCGGAAGGCGCCGCCUCGGAACGAGAUCGGCUUCGAGUCGACCCCAAAAACGCGGGGCAACAACGGGCGGCGCGCGCCGGGUUCGGGUUUGCCUGGAGGUAGAGCGAAGCCUUUGAAUGCGGCGCAACGGGCAGCUCUACCUUUACACUUGAACGACUUGCUGCAACUACUAAAACACGACGCGGGGACGCGCGACUGCCCGCGGUUCCCGCCCGCCGUCGUCGGGUCGACGACGUGGGCACCGCUAGCCGCCGCGGCCUGCGCGCGCAUCGCGGACUACGCGGCGGCGACGGCGGAACGGUGCGGCGCCUACGACGAGUGGGGCGGCCUCGAGGGGGACAUCGUCGUGCACCAGCGGCCGGGCGGCGCGCUCGCGGCGUCCCUUCACUUCAUUCAAACGACUCGUGGCCGUCUCACUUCCAUGAGAGUGGUUUCUCUUUCGAAUUUGAGCUGUUUCGGACCGCGUCGGGGCCGUCGCGGCGUGUCAGAGCGACUGCGGUCGCGUCGAUGGCGUCUUCACGAGACAGCGCCGCCGCGACGUGGUCAUCAGGACGCCGUCGACGCGAUGCCACAUCGGACCGCUUUGACGGAAACGCUCCGCGCAGGCGGCGACGACGCGACGCGGCAGGGCUGGUCGCCGGCCCACCGCCAGCAGUUCUUCGACCCCUACAAGGAGGACCCCGAGUCCGUGGACGAGCCGUCGACACAAGAGCCGGCAUGUGUUGUGAGGGACCCCCUCAAUGGUAAAACGGCGCUCCGGGAGGCCUGCGCUUCAUUGUUAAAGGGAGAGCCCUACGGCGACCUGGAUCCGUCGCAACGGUGCGCGUUGCUACGCACGCUCAUCGACGCGGCUCUUAACACGAAAACCGUCACCGAGGAAAUAAAUAAACGCGCGACGAAGAUCGCGAACGCCGAGAGUGCGAUCUCGGCGUCCCGUCGUGUGGAGGCGCCUUCACGCCAUCGACGCGCGUCGUCUCCAGGAAUGAUGGAAGUGGGUGGUCUCUUUGUCGAAUUUGGGGCCGUUCGGACCGCUCCGCGCAGGUAGCAUCUGGACCAAGGGCCAGAAGACGCUGCAGGACGACAACAUGCGCUGUCGGCGGCGGGCCCAAGAUAGUAGACGAGACUUAAACAUCCCGGCGCCGCCCAAAACAAGCACGGCGGUCAUCGACGACGAGGGCGGCUUCUUCGCGGCGCGCUCGCGGCGUCCCACGUCGGUGCCUUCACUUCAAUACGACUCGUGGCCAUCUCACGAUGCCGGGGGUGGUCUCUUUUCCGAUGUUGAGGCCGUUCGGACCGCGUUCCGCACAGGCGGCGCGCCUCGCGGAGCUCGACGCGUCGUCGGCGCGCGGGUUGCUCCGUUGUAGAUUGGAGGAACAUAGAGAUGCGGAGUGCUUGUCUUUGCUCGACGAGACUUUAAAGAGAUGCGCCAUCUACGACGAGGCCCCGUAUCUGGUCGAGCACGUCGACUCUCAAAGGAACGCGUCUGCUCUGAAGCUCAUCGAGGACGCGUCGAAGCAGAUGGAUACGGAGCGACUGCGGAACGCGUUGUUAACGGCACGACGCUUACCAGGCCUCGCCUCGCCUGUCAGCCUCGACCCGUCGCAUCAGGCCUGGGUCCUCCGACCUCUGGCGGUGGGUGCGUUAUUGUUGCGAGACCUCGAGUACGAUUCACAAAUAUGUAAGAAGAUUAAGAGCGACGAAGCCGACUUAAGAGCACUACCCUCUUUACGGGCGGAGCCGGUGGGACGAGAUAAAUCAGGAAACUGCCACUGGGCCUUUAGAGGAGAGCGGGAGUACCGCUACGCGCCGCAGCGGGUCUGGGUCCAGCAGUCGCCGGACAACGACGUGCCACAAAAACCAUCUUGGGGCUAUUAUGGAGAUGCCACCGCCGUCGCGGCGCUGUGCCGGCACUUGGAUCGGAAUGAUGAAAGCGAGGCUUUAUUGCGGGACAAGUUGUUAUUGCGCGUGCCCCCUGGGGUCGCGGAGUGGCGGGAGUAAGUAAUAUGGUUAUAUA